AAAUUCAAUUUUAUUGUGGUCUAGAUCAAAUAUCACACAAUAUACACGUCGUAUACGUGAUCAGUGAUCGGUGUUUUGAAUUGCAAUAAUAAUCAAGUAUUAUUUUUGGCAUACGGAAGCAGCUUUAAUCUCCUUCUUUCACGGAAUGUUUAUAAAUAUAUAAAUUAAAUGAAGAUCAGCAUUUUGCCGCUUAUCUGUUUAAUGUCAGCGUGAAGAAUUUAUUACCAAUUUAUUGUUUUGUGAUUGCAAUAAUUUGACAUAAUUAUUGAUGCAUUUUUGAUUUAUUUACGAAACGACACAUUUAUAAAUACUACAUCUAAAAAUCGGACAAUCCUCCAGCCUUGAGAGAGCUUGACCAACAACAACAACAACAACAACGCUUCAAGUGGACACAAUGACGCAGUGCAGUUCAAUGUGCGGCACGAUGUUGCUGUUGCUGUGCGGCACCGUGUUGCUGCUGGCCACAACAACGGUAGCAACAGGUAGCCAGAGUCACAACAUCACCAACAGCAGCAGCAGCAGCAGCAAUCACAAUGCGACAACACGCUUGCAUAGCCAUCGCGUGCAUCGACAGCAUCGUCAUCGCAAGUUGCAACAUCACAACGUCAAGUCCGAGGUGGAGUUGCUGCCGGGCGCGACAAUGCCACCGAUGACACCGCGUGCCAAUGUGGCAACCACACGAUUGCGUCGCCUCCAUCAGCCGCACAAUCCCUAUAACAAGGUGUUGACACGCCGCCUCCAUCAGCAUCAAGGUGCAUCGGUUGCUGCUCGACCCUCCGAAUGGGACUACAACACCUACAACAUCUACACGAAUACGUUUGGACCACCGCCACCGCCUGUGCCACAGCAUGCGGGCAAGGGGGAGGACAACACCCAGGAUGUGGAGUUCAUUGGCGUCACGGGGCGUGGGCGGGGCUACGAGUAUGUGCCACCGCUGACCACAGCAGCACCGCCGCCGAAUCUCAAUCGUCGCUCACCCAACCUGGGCAUGGGCACGGUGCCGCCUUUGGUGCCAGCGCGACGUGGCUACAGCUUCACAACGUCGGCGCCGAGCACGACGUCGAGUCCCAGCGAGGAUCCCAUUGAGACGAACACAAUUGGUCGCAAUUAUCCCACUGAUGCCAAGGAGAUGGAGCGUCGCCACAUUUGCGUGCAACAGCGUACGAUCACGAUGCCGGUGAAGACAACGGAGGUGUACACGCGACCCAUCUGGAAACACAUAAGCACACCUUGUGAUCCGCCCACGCGUCCCGGGCAAAUGUGCACGCGAGUCCAUCUGGUGCACGAGCAGGCCUACAGGGAUGUCAUCAAGCACAAGGCAGCGCAGCAGAUGACCUACGACUGCUGUGCUGGAUGGAGCAGGGAAUCACCGCACUCGGAUGCGUGCAUGAAACCUAUUUGCACCACGCGCUGCCACAACGGCGGCAACUGCACGGCGCCGCAGACUUGCAGCUGCCCCACAGGAUUCACGGGUCGCUAUUGCGAACAGGAUGUGAACGAGUGCGAGACGGAGAAGCCCUGCGAUCAGCACUGUGUGAACACACAAGGCUCCUACUAUUGUCGCUGCCGGCAAGGAUUCGUCCUGCAGGCGGAUAAGCAGAGUUGCCGCAAGACAUCGGCGCAUGCUGAUGAUGCGUUUGAGGCGCGUGAUCUAGAGAAUGAUAUCGAUGAUACGGAUGCGGAGGUGGCAACGCGACUGCAGAAGAUCGAACGCUCGCUGGCCAAUGAGCGAGUGCACACGAAUGAGUUGCAAAAAUCCUUACAAGCCACCUACAGCGUGGUGGAUACUCUAAAAAGCAGGCUGAGCACAUUGGAAAAGCAAUCCAUGGAUGUGAGUCGCAUGCAGACGAAUCUUUACAAAACAGAAUCACGCACCAACAAGCUGGAAGGCAUGUUGAAUCUGCUGAUGAAAUGUCGAAAUGGUCCCAAUGCCAAUUGCCCCUAGAAUUUCUUAAAAAUGGGAUCAACUGCCAGCGGCAACACAGAACUGCAUUUUAACGCUAGCAAUAUACAAGUUUAGUUUAAUUUAAACGUAUCAUAUUUUUUUGUUCGUGUAUACCACAGCUGCUCCUGCUUGUAAGCCAUUCCCGAACGCAAGUGCCUCCGUAGUUUAUAAACAAAAACAACAAAACAGAGAAAAACAAUCUUCAACGUAGUACUUAAGCGAACGUGUCAUAAAUGUUUUGUAUUAAAAAAAAACAAACGAAUGCUCUAGUUUUUAAGCCCACCAUUUGCUACUUACGUGUAUGUGUCUAGUAUUUGCAUGUAUUUGUAUAUAAUAUAUAUGAGAAAAAUAGUGCACCAAUAAAUACAUAUUGUAU